CAUGUGACCGACUGCAGAGGCCGCGCCGCCUCCCCCGCCCGAGAUCUGCGCGCUCCGCCGCAGGGUGCAGAUCGGGGGCGCCCGCCUGGGUUUGGGGCGCAAGAGCAGAGGUGGAGCCAGGGCGGAGCCAGCGCGCCCCGUCCCCCCCCUUUCCAAUCGAAAGCGAAACGGAGGGCUGGAAAGGAAGGGCGGAGCCGGCCUGGAGGCCCCGCCCCCUGCCCUGAGAGGCAGCUGGACAGACGGGCGCGCCCAGGUAGGGGGGCGCUGAGCGCCCAGUGCGGACCCUCGCGGGGACCUGCGCCGCCACCAUGUCUCAGGAAGGUGUGGAGCUGGAGAAGAGCGUCCGGCGCCUCCGGGAGAAGUUUCAUGGGAAGGUAUCCUCCAAGAAGGCGGGGACUCUGAUGAGGAAAUUUGGCAGCGACCAUACCGGAGUGGGGCGCUCCAUCGUGUACGGGGUAAAGCAGAAAGAUGGACAGGAACUGAGUAAUGACCUGGAUGCCCAGGACCCCCCAGAGGACAUGAAGCAGGACCGGGACAUCCAGGCGGUGGCGACCUCGCUCCUGCCACUAACAGAAGCCAACCUACGCAUGUUCCAACGUGCCCAGGAAGACCUCAUCCCUGCUGUAGACCGGCAGUUCGCCUGCUCCUCCUGUGACCAUGUCUGGUGGCGCCGCGUGCCCCAGCGGAAGGAGGUGUCCAGAUGCAGGAAAUGCCGGAAGCGCUACGAGCCGGUGCCCAGUGAAAAGAUGUGGGGCGUGGCUGAGUUCCACUGUCCGAAAUGUCGGCACAACUUCCGGGGCUGGGCACAGAUGGGGUCCCGGUCCCCCUGCUACGGGUGCGGCUUCCCCGUGUAUCCGACACGGAUCCUCCCUCCACGCUGGGACCGGGACACAGAUCGCCGCAGCACCCACACCCACUCCUGCUCCGCUGAGGACUGCUACAAUCGGCGAGAGCCCCACGUGCCUGGGACGUCCUGCGCACACCCCAAGAGUCGGAAGCAGAACCACCUGCCCAAAGUCCUGCACCCCAGCAACCUCCACAUCAGCAGUGGCUCCACUGUGGCCACCUGCCUGAGCCAGGGGGGACUCCUGGAAGACCUGGACAACCUCAUUCUGGAGGACCUGAAGGAGGAGGAGGAAGAGGAGGAGGAGGAGGGCGGGCACGGGGAGUGACCCCUGCCAGGUGCAGAUGCAAACCAGACACGGUCUGUGGAAAUUUUGUGUUGCUAUAAAAUAUGAGCUCAAA